CAGACAAAAAGUGUGGAUGGGGGUCCCUGUGUGCUCUCGCGUGGUCCCAGUGCAUUGGGAGUCCCAGCUUUCUGUUGGAAUCUGGCGGUUUGCCCAGAAGGAGAAUCUGAUCAACAACUUUGCCUUUCACUCCCCCCUCCAGGCAGUCACCGAUAGUGCCCUGACCUUCGGAGACAUGCUAACAAAGUUCGAGACCAAAUCUGCUCGGGUCAAAGGACUGAGCUUCCACCCGAAACGGCCCUGGAUCCUGGCCAGUCUGCACAAUGGUGUGGUGCAGCUCUGGGACUAUCGCAUGUGCACCCUGAUUGAUAAAUUCGAUGAACAUGACGGGCCUGUCCGAGGGAUUGAUUUCCAUGAGCAGCAGCCUCUGUUUGUCUCUGGCGGUGAUGACUACAAGAUUAAGGUGUGGAAUUAUAAACUCCGGCGAUGCCUCUUCACCCUGCUCGGUCACCUGGAUUACAUCCGCACCACCUUCUUUCAUCAUGAAUAUCCAUGGAUCCUGAGUGCUUCCGAUGAUCAAACUAUCCGAAUUUGGAAUUGGCAGUCCAGGACAUGUGUCUGUGUGCUGACUGGACAUAACCACUAUGUGAUGUGUGCCCAGUUCCACCCGUCUGAGGACCUGGUCGUCUCGGCGAGUCUCGACCAGACCGUCCGGGUCUGGGACAUUUCCGGUCUCAGGAAGAAGAACCUAUCCCCCGGGGCGGUGGAGAGCGACGUGCGUGGGAUCUCUGGUGUCGACCUCUUUGGGACCACCGACGCGGUGGUCAAACACGUUCUGGAGGUAAGCAUUCCCAGCAUCGAAGUAUUUCACACCUCGCUCGGGCAUGGCUGGUGGAAGUCCAGCCCCGCUGUCAUCCCAGAAACCCAAGGAGUUUCGGAAGGACACGAAUCGCCCAAUUUAUACUUCAGGCCCAGGCCGACAGGAAGCAGGGUUCCUCGUUACCACAAAUGACUGCUGCCUC